AUUGCAGCUACUGUACUUCCCUGGAACUAACUCUCUCUCUAUAUCCACCUGUCUCCCUCCCUCCCUGCCUCCCUCACACACACCCACAGCGGUGUGAUUUUGCUCUCAGCUCAGUGUUCAGUGAGAUGGUGAUGUGCCAGGACUUCUACACAUGGGGGAGGUUUGAAUAACUUUCUGAAUAAAUCUCAAAGCUUUGUUUCCAACUUUGACUAAAAUGGCAGUUACCUCCUUCGCAUUGGCGGACUAUGUGGUGUUCGCUCUCAUGCUGGUGGUGUCCGCUGCUGUGGGGAUCUACUACGCCUGGGUGGACAGGAGCCGGAGAAACCCCGGGAACUUUUUAACUGGAGGCCGCAAGCUGACAGCUCUGCCCGUCUCCCUGUCCCUGACCGCCAGCUUCAUGUCAGCCAUCACAGUGCUGUCCUUUCCAGCUGAGGUUUACCAAUACGGAGCCAAUAUCGGAUUUUACGGUCUCUCCUAUUUAAUGGCGAUGCUGAUCACAUCUGAGGUCUUCCUCCCCAUCUUCUACAAGCUGGAAAUCACCAGCACUUUUGAGUAUCUGGAGCUGCGUUUUAACAGAGCAACCCGUCUGCUGGGCACACUGCUGUUCAUUGUCCAAACAAUCCUCUACAGUGGAAUUGUCAUUUAUGUUCCAGCUCUUGCUUUAAACCAAGUGACCGGGAUGAAUCUGUGGGGUGCGGUCAUUUCCACGGGAGUGGUCUGUACAUUUUACUGCACACUGGGUGGUCUAAAGGCAGUGGUGUGGACAGACGUGUUUCAGCUCGGUGUAAUGAUCGCAGGUUUCCUGUCUGUCAUCAUCGCAUCUGUGAUCCUACAAGGUGGAGUCAUCAACAUCUUUUCAGAUUCACAACACGGAGGGAGAAUCAACUUCUGGGACUUUGAUACAAACCCUCUGAGAAGACACACUUUUUGGACUGUUGCCAUUGGAGGGACAUUUCUUUGGACCAGUAUAUAUGGGACCAACCAGUCGCAGGUUCAGAGAUACAUCUCCUGCAAGAGCAUUGCUCAUGCUAGACUUUCUUUGUUCAUCAACCUGUUAGGUCUGUGGUUGAUACUGUUGUGUGCAGUGUUUGCGGGAAUGUGUCUUUACUCAAUCUAUAAAAGCUGCGACCCCUGGACAUCUGGACUGCUUUCUGCACUUGAUCAGUUGAUGCCUUAUUUGGUGAUGGACGUCUUGGGAGACUAUCCUGGCCUUCCUGGUCUGUUUGUGGCAGCAGCAUUUAGUGGAUCUUUAAGCACAGUCUCUUCUAGCAUCAAUGCAUUGGCUGCAGUGACAGUGGAAGAUCUAAUCAAACCAUAUGCCAGCAUGUCAGAGAGACAACUGGCCUGGAUCUCAAAAGGAACGAGCCUCCUGUAUGGAGUUUUAUGCAUUGGGAUGGCUGGGUUGGCCUCACUUCUAGGACCGAUCUUCCAGGCAGUCAUCAGUAUAUUCGGGGUCAUUGGAGGUCCUUUACUUGGACUGUUCACUUUGGGGAUUCUCUGUCCAUUUGCCACGUCAAAAGGAGCUUUGUCAGGUGUUGUGUUGGGGCUGGCUGUGUCUCUCUGGGUGGCCAUCGGAGCGCAGAUAUACCCUCCUCCCCCUGAAAUGAGUCGGCCUCUGUCACUGACCACUGAAGGCUGUAACUUUACAAUGACGGACAGCUUCAGCUGGACCUCCACUCAUGUCCCAACAUUGCAGAGCUCCACAACAACAGCCCCAGUACUUAUCAAUAGCAAGCCUGCGCUGGCAGACUGGUACUCAGUCUCCUACCUUUACUUCAGUCCAAUUGGAACUAUAAUAACUAUAAGUGUGGGUCUGAUAGUCAGCGUGUUGACAGGAGGUCGGAAGCUGAAUGUAGAAUCCAGGCUCAGGCUGACAAAAGAAGACACAAGUCUUUACUACUUGUUUAAAUUGAUCAAAGACAGAGCCAUGAGACGAAAAAGAAAGCUUGAUCUGAAAAAGGACAGGAAGAAGACAUUUGGCAAUCCUAAUCCUGCUUUCUGUGAUGUUGAGCUGGAUUUGCCACAAAGCAGCAUUUCCACCUAAGAAUGUAGCUGCUUUUUUAAAGUAUAAGCUUCUUUGUUUCUCUAUGAUCUUAUACAGGAAAUGCAAUGUAGAAGAGGAAUUGUGGUGGGACUUUUUGCAAAUGCAGACUAGCACUUGUUUGAAUUUAAAUUGUGCAAUAGUUAUUAUGUACUGAUCAAUCAUCAAUAAAUAUGAAGCAAUAAUUUUAAAUGAUGCCACAGAAAUAUAUAAAAAUCAAAGGUCUAUUUAUUUAAGUAAUAAAGUUUUUAAAUCAUUUUUCAUGUAAUCAGAUUCCAUUAAAGUUAACAUAUUGUUAUGUAAUAAAAUUACAUGUAAUUAAA